AUGAGCACCUCCUUGAUCACAUACUUGAACUACAUGUCCACAUGGGACUCGGAGAGCGACGGCAACAUCGACAAAGUGAUUGACGAGCACAAUCUGUUCGUCAACCUUGGCGACUUCGAUUCGGACACCGCUGUCAAUAAUGAGUUCACAGCCCUCGUCGACCUGGCAAUGACGGUGCGUGAUGAGACUAUCGCCGCAGACGCCAUACAGAUCAGUGCCGAUGCGGCGGCAGUAGCGUCCAUUUGGUCAUUCGGCUUGGGCAUGGCUGCGUUCGCAGCACUUGAGGCUACGCAUGCGAUCAUGGAGAAAAUCAUCUCCGACAAAUCAACGGAACUGAACAACAAGUUGACAACCGCUGAUACCGAUAUCUCAUCUCAUAUCAAUGACAAUGUCAACCUUUACGUUGUCUCAUACAAGGCGAACAACACCUUGAUCGCCUCCAAAGCACCGGCGGGGCUCGACACAAGGACAUGCCGAUCGUUGCUUAUGCAGUUCAUGGCGGAAGUGCAAAAACGCAACAACGGAAAUCUGACCACAGGCCUUUUCAAGCAGUACGCGGAGUCGGCGCGGAUCCUCUACAACAGCCCUGAAAUCAACAACGUUUAUGACGCCUUCGAUACCCUGAAUCUCAGUGGGAAGACGGAUCAAGAUAUCCAGCAAUUUAUGUCGGCCAUUAACGGAUUUACGGGGUUCGAUACCACCGCCAUCUCACUUGUUCGAGGCGCUGCGGUUGUCUUGAUGUUCUACAAGCUGCGCAUCGCCAGUUCAACCAUCGAAGCAAACGCCAGAGAGGCUGGAUUCGAGGUUGCGGAGGUGGAGACGAGCACAUUUGGCAUGCUUGAUGCAUUCGGGAAAUUCGUCGCGGUGGUCGCGGUGGUGAUGUCGGUAGUCGAUACGGUGUUGGAAAUACUUGACAUCGUCGAUGUGGUGGAACAGUGUAAGACCAUGUGCGACAAGCUAAACGGUCCCAUCAAAGCCAGCUACAUCGACUACUUCAAUGGCAUUAAGGAAGCAUCCAAGCAAUACAAAGCCGCGAUCACUCCUGGUCCACCUCCACCUCCGAUCGGCCCCACGGCGGACUUCCAACUGCCCUUGAAUCUCGACCAGGCCCUCGAGUUGUCGCUCAAUGUCCCCAGCAGAGCCAAUGUCCCAACUCUUUUGGCGAACUUGUCCACUAAUGCUAACCAGUGGGAGCCAGGAGAGUUCGCAAAUGGAGUGCAAGCGUGGUCUCCCAAUGUAUUUGGUCUGCACAAUGCCGGUGCCAACCUAGGCAGUGCCCAGCGCUUUGCUUACAUUGGCGUCGCGUCGCAGGCUCCAUUCACCCUCAAGCAAUUCCAAGUCCAGAUCGACACAAAUGCGCACGGGGCUUCUGCAGCAAACCCAGUCGUCAUCGCCGUGGAAUUGUCCUCUGCGAACGAUUUCGCUGGUUACUCAACUAUAGGCACUAUCCAGUCUCAUCAUACGAAUCCGCAAAGCCUGACGACGAGCCAAUCCAUUCCAGCUGGCUUGACUUACAUUCGACUGCGAGUCACCUCUCCGAUCCCAGAUGGAUCCAACUACAUUGCCUAUUCCAAGAUAGUCCUUUCCGGCUCCGUUCAGGCCACCGGUUCUAUACCCGCACUAAAUCCACAUGCCCCAAUUCCUACCGCAAAGGGUGCCAGCUUUGCUUUGGCCUACGAUUUUCAGCACGCAUCCGACAAUGCCUUGCUCGUCGGAGUGACCGCCCCAGCACCAAGCGAGCUGAUCAGCCUCCUGGCCACCAACGCACAGCAGUGGGAACCUGGCGAAUUCAACAAUGGAGGUGAGUAG